AAAAAGGCCAUGGAUCAGUUCGUGGAGCUACUACUACAAGGUGAAAAUGAAAUCUCCUGGUAUGAAGCGCUUCCACCAAUUAGCACCGGUUCUUUUCAGCCAUAUUCAUUAACACCCAGAGUGGAGACUGCUGGUUGUAAUAAUGCAGGGAACAUGAACAAGAGAAUGAUCGAGUACUUGAGGACGAUCGAUCAGGUUUCGAAAACGACAGCAAAAGACGACGAUAAACAGAGGAAUGUGAAGCACAAAUUGAAUGAGAGACAGAGAAGAGAAAAGGAGAAAAAUUGCUACUUUGCCUUGUAUUCCAUGCUCGCUCCUGGUACCAAGAAUGAUAAGAAGUCGAUAGUUCAGAUGGCAACUAAGAGAGUUGAAGAGCUGGAAUUGGUAAAGAAGGAUUUGGAGAGGAGGAACAAGGAAUUGCAGGCAAAUAAUGAAGGAAACAAGAUCAGAGUGAAGAUAGAUAAUCCAGUGUAUGGGAUCGAUUCAGUGUUAAAGGCUUUGAAAUGCUUGAAGACACUGGAUUCUAAACCCAGAAUGAUCCAAUCAAACUUUAUAGAUCAAGAAUUCCUUGCAGUUUUGGAUACUUCAACCCAGAUGGGAGCUGCAGAUGUGGAAAAUGCAUUAAAUAAAGCAAUGCAAGAGGCUAGGAGGAAGCCUGGGGACCGUUGGACGGCAUGACUCGCUAAAAAAAAUAAGAUUCAA